AUGGACUCGCCUAUGAGCGGCAGAACACCAUCGUCCCACCAUUUCCUUUGGGAAGAGCACUCACUCGUCAUCAACAAUGUCAAUCUUUCCAUUUUUAUCGUCCGCCGAGACGGGCCACUGGAUCCUAUCCUCUUCCUUUAUGGCUUCGGGAGCACCAAAGAAGACUUCACGGAUAUCAUCCACUACGCGCCCCUUUCCGACUAUCCUUUCCUCUCCUCCUUUAUCGAGCGGACUCGGCGAUCGGCGGACUAUGAGAAUGGGAUCUAUGCGGCGAGUUUUCGUUCGAAAGUCAGCUCAGAGGUGGUGAGACCUCCUUUCCAGUCCAUGGUAAUUUAUACCGACAAUGGAGACUUGCUGAAUGUGUUUGAGGCAGUGCCAUGCCCAAAAAUGUUCAUGUUCGGCGUAUCAUACAACAAGCUGUCGUAUCUGCCGAGGAUCGCACAGGCUGGCGUGAAGUUGGCGGAAAUUCCGGACAGUGGGCAUUUUGUCAUGUAUACUAAUCCUACAGCGGUUUGGAAAAGAAUUCAGGAGUUUGUUGGGAUGGCUUCUGGCCGACAGAAACAUUUGAGAUCCAACCACUUGUCUGUGUGCAUUCUUACGUCCAUCGCCAAUCUUUCUCUAAUUCUGCUGCAUCAGCAAUAUAAGGGAAAUAAUGUCGGACUCAUUUACGAUUUAUCAUUUACCCUUAUCAAAUUGAUAGGACAGACAAGCUACAUCUAGUAAUCCAAUGCAUUUACCUCAGCAUCGUUCGUCUAAGAAUACAUGAAAUGUCGAGCUAUCAUUCUGCCCUUUGACGUGUCUAACAUGAUCUCCUUAUAACCCCAGAAUGAGAAACAUCCUGGCAUUUAAGGCCAAGAUUUUGGCAAUCAAAACAGACAACGAAUCCACCCCCGUAGCAAAAGUCGCAAACAUAGUACGCUCGGCCAGCUGAAAUGCUUGCCAUACAAAUAUCACACCAAGCAGAUUCGUAACUGAAGUCCACUGCUUGAG